AUGCAAGCUCUGCUUCGUCUCGGCUCUUCGAUUGCCCGUUCCACAGCCAAACCGACUUUCAUGGCUUCCCGACUCCCGCAAACGCGCCAAUUCUCGCACGGAGCAUUCGUUUUUGAUGUCGACACGCCGGACGAUUUCCAAGAGAAAGUGAGUGUUCUUCUUAUCAAUUUCCAUUCUAUUACUAAUCAAUAACUCAGGUAAUCCAGUCAACAGUGCCAGUUAUUGUCGAUUUCCACGCAGAAUGGUGCGGACCGUGCCAGGCGCUCGGACCACGGCUUGAGGAAAAAGUGGGUUCAAAAAACGUGGAUUUCACGGAAUGUAAAUGAAUUGGCAGAUAAACGGACGAAACGGAACUGUUUUGCUCGCGAAAAUCAACGUGGAUAACGCGGGAGAACUGGCGAUGGACUACGGAAUCAGUGCGGUGCCGACGGUGUUUGGUUUCAAAGAUGGAGAAAAGAUCAGCGGAUUCUCGGGAGUGCUCAACGAUGAACAGUUGGACGACUUCAUCGAGGAUAUCAUCGCCGCCUAA